UCUGCAUUUUGCUCUCUUCUUUGUUUCAAAACCUCGGCAAAGAACAGGAGAAGGAGAAGCCGCCAAGCAAACUGCAAACCACCCUCACAUCUCGAGUCUCUCCCCUCUCUCUUUCUUCGCAUAACAAUGGACGAGAAGCUCGCCACUGCUGGAAAAGAUGUUCUUGUUCAAAUUGUCAAGUUGUCACAAAAGAGGGGGAUGAAGGGUGAUAAAGGAGCAUGGAAGGAAUUUUUACAAGUUUAUGAUACAAAAUUCGGUGCAAGCAUGAGUGAUCCAGCUAAGAGGACCCCUGAAGUAUUACGUGCUUUCUUAGAUACAUUCAAGAAAGAGGAAGACUUCAAAUUCUUUGAUAAAGUCCUGGAAUGUUACUCAAAUCGGGAGCUAGCAAAUAAAGUAACUGAAUUUACAGGUGCUCAAUCACCUGCACAGAAGUUGGUCAGUUUGACCCUUGAACAUCCACAGUAUCCACUUGAAUAUUCCUUUCCGUCAUACGAGGAGGACUGGAUUGUUCCAAAACUUAGAAAGAAGUCCAAGGUGGAUAAAUUGCUGGCAGUUGAUUGUGAGAUGGUUCUCUGUGAUGAUGGAACUGAAGCUUUGGUGAAAAUAUGUGUAGUAGAUCAGGAUUUAAAGGUGAUACUCAAUGAAUUUGUCAAUCCCAAUAAAGCAGUUGCAGAUUAUAGGACACAUAUCACUGGUGUUACUGCUGAAGAUUUGAAUGGAACCACUUGGUUCCUUGAAAAUGUUCAGAAUAAGUUGAAGAAGCUGUUUUCCCGUGGAGUUAUUUUAGUCGGGCAUAGUCUGAGUAAUGAUCUUAAAGCGCUGAAGGUAGAUCAUGCAAGAGUAAUUGACACCUCUUAUAUCUUCAAGCUUGGAGACGGAUCUACAAAAAGAAAGCCUUCAUUAAACGAUUUGUGUAAGUUUGUGCUGGGUUUUGAACUUCGCAAAAAAGACGCCCCACAUAAUUGUGUUGAUGAUGCAUGUGCUGCAAUGAAACUAGUGCUUGCAAAGCUAAAACGUGGAUCUGACAAUGGUAUUCCUGUAGCUCAGAAUGAUGUACCAGAGAGUGAAGAUGCAAAGCUGCUUAUACACAGGAUUCCAGCGGACCUGCCAAGCGAAGAACUAGCUCAGAUCAUCCCUGGAAACUUCACCAUUGAAGUUCAGGCUAAGAAAGGUCGAGGUGACAAGUAUUCUGUUAUUGCUUGUUUUAAAACUCCAGAGGAGGCACUUGGGACAUACGAAAAUCUGCAAGGAAUUGAGGAAAAGGAGUCUUCUGGGCGGCUUCAGAAACCGAUUUCUGUACAGCUUAAAUCUGGUUCAACAGCUAUAAUUUGUGUUCGGAAAAUGUCAAUCGAUAAUCCUCUUGUCAACGUUCCUGCGAAGCGACCAAAUCCAACGGAAGUUGGUAAUGACUCGAAAAAGUUAAAAACAGAACAUAUUUCUGAAGCUUCUGAGCAUAAUUAUCUAUCAGUCGAUCAUGUGAAGGAGAUUGAGAGAUUGAAGGAUUUGCUUAGCCAAAGAGAUGAAGAGAUUUCUAGCCUGCAUAAGAUUGUGGCUGCUCUGACAAGGAAACAGGGGAUUUAGUAGAUUUCAUCUUGGUAUCAGCAAUUUUGUAGUGUGUGAUUAUAUUACCAGAGACAGAUCUGCACACGAAUUGACAAUUUUUCUAGCCAUUUGAGAUUUUUUUUUGGUCGUGUAGUAGCUUAUAAGUUAUAUCUUAUUCUGCUGAAAAAGUUUUGGUCUGCAUACAAUUUCUUCCAAUUGUGUUUUCUUGAAACCAUUUCCGAGCUGUAUAGGAAGGUCAUUAUGCAAAGAUAAGGGAAUUUUGUUCAGCUUUA